UUAGACCUACGCAACACCACCACACCAAUCUACCUCCUGCGGCGAAAGGACAGAAAACGCGUGAGAUAUAGAAACUCGCACAUAUCCAUACUAUGCAGCUAGAGUGACCAGCAAGGUAGACCACAAGAUCCAGAUCAGCACCGCAUAGUCACCAGUCUAACCACUAUACACCCAACUACAUGCCACGCGACAAAAAAAAAAAAGCCUCUACUACACACUUCCACAAAAGCUCCGCAAGCACCUCUACCCACCUCUAUCCACUAUACCAACCCUUACCAACCCUUACCAAAGCCUCUGCCCACUCGCCACUCAUACCACAGAGGAAAACACUCGUGCUUAGGUGGAAGGGAAAAAAAAAGAUCGUCCCUUUCCACGUUUUACACCCGUUCCAUUAUAUUGUCAAUCCUUGCACCCGUCUGUCUCUGAAAAUCCCAAACUCCCUCUCAUCCCAGACUCCCUUCUCAGCCGCCAUGCUCCAUAUGCGAAAAAUAGAAAGAAAAAUCGUACCCGUAGAUCCCUCUCUCUCUCUCUCCCUCUCUUUGCACAAAACGAUCGCCCGGUUCCCGAGAAAUGUCCAUGCGCGCCUCACCUUUUACUUCUACACAACAGAGAAAAGGCUCCAGAGUAGAGAAUUGUGCACAUGUUGAUUUUUCGCAAUUGUCCUUUUCUCCGACGGCGGAAAAGGAAAGUAUAUAUGGUAGGAAUAGAGAUAGAAAAGAGUAGAACAAAAGGUCUUCAAUGCCCCUUCGACUCGUCAGUCCAGAGGAGUCCUGGAAAAAAACGCCCAUCCACUGGUAUUUCCUGUUCCUCCAUUGUGAGAAAAGAAGAGAUAGAAGAAACAAGAAAGGUUGCAAGCCUGGCU